CUUAACUUUUCCACAGUCAUAGACACAAUCUUCAUCUUCGACACUGAUCGUAGUGUCGAUCUGGAUGCUGUAUCCUAGCAAUAGUCGAUAUUAAUCAUAUUCGGCUGUCGCUAUACAAUUCUCAUUUCACUCGCUGUUGUCACAGAUCUAUAAAAGUUUAUAAACGGACAAUGAAGAAGUUGUGCCUGUGCCUUCUGUUACAAUUAUGUGCGGUGACCAUGGCAAAAGAGACUAUACUGGACAUUCCAAUUAUUAGACGUACCUAUCGUGGAUAUCGUAAUUGGUUAUCGCAAACUUACGGUGGAAGGUCUUCUAACGUUCCCAAAUCAGUUCACCGUUUGAGACCAGGAGACAUAGAUGUCAUUGCCGCAAUGGGCGAUUCUUUGACAGUCUCGACAGCAGUUACCGCGGUUAGUGUGUUUCAAAUGUUGGUGGAAAAUAGAGGGAUAUCGGGGAGUAUCGGCGGGCAAGAAACAUGGCGAAAAUACCUGACGUUUCCUAAUAUUCUUAAAGAAUUCAACCCGAAGUUAAUAGGCUAUUCACUCGGAGAUUCUGUAAGUAUUCAUCCGGACGCGCAGUUGAACGUCGGCGAAACUGGUGCAAUGUCCGAAGACAUGCCUUUCAUGGCAAAAUAUCUGGUUAAAAAAAUAAAAAAUGACUUGAGGAUAGAUGUGAACAAAGAUUGGAAGUUGAUUUCGUUGAUGAUUGGGUCCAAUGAUUUCUGUCAGAAUAUGUGUGAAGGUCCUUCUCCAUGGUCUAUGUUAAAAAAACAUAAAAUUGAACUAAUUAACACUCUUAGAAUAUUGAAAGAUAAUUUGCCAAGAACUUUCGUUGCUCUUAUCCCACCACCUUACCUAAAACUACUUGUCGAAUAUCAUCGACAACAUGUGUGGCUGUGCAGAACGAUGUCAAUCAUUGAAUGUCCGUGUUUAUUUUCUUUGAAAUUUCAACAUCAAAAACUGGAAUAUUAUGAAGUAAUAAGAAGGUGGCAAGACUUAGAAAUAGAAAUCGCUAGUUAUCCAGAAUUUUAUAGAGAUGACUUUACUGUGGAAAUAUUACCAUUUCUUAGAAAUUCUACUAUACCGCUAGACAAGGAUGGAUAUCAAGAUAUGUCCUAUUUUGCUGUUGAUUGCUUUCAUUGGAAUGCAAAUGGUAUAUGGAACAAUUUGUUAGAACCAGCCGAUAACAGGACUAUCUUUUCCAAAAAUAUAUUUGAAAGAUUCUUGUGCCCUACUUCUAAGAGUCCAUACUUGACGACGCAUAAAAAUCGACAAGAGAUUAACAAAGCUCGAGAUUAAACAUAGCUCCUCUAUAUGUUUUUUUGGUUUGUUAUUCAAUUAAAGAUUUUUCUAUUACAAUCCUUUACUAAUGUAUAUAUUUAUGUAUAAUUGAUAAAAAGAAAGUUAUUUUUCUACGCUUGUUCGUUCUUGUAUAUCAUAAUUUUUUUCAAGUGAUGAUAUCGACGGUGGUGAAAAGACCUUCAGUUAAGUGCAAGAGUACAUGCAGAUAAUGUGAGACUCGAC